AUGCCCUUUCGCUACGACCGCUUCCAGGUCAAACCCCGCGAGUUCGACGCCAUCACUCGUUUGAUCAGUGACCAUCUUUCAGAACCUUAUUCCAUCUAUGUCUAUUGGUACUUUCUCAACACUUGGCCCCAGUACUGCUUCGUGGUGCGGAGCACCCAAACACCAGCUUCCAACGACGACGACGAUGACGAUAUAAUUGGCGUAAUAAUAUCCAAAGUGGAACCUCAUCGAGACGUGCGAAUGCGCGGAUACAUCGGCAUGCUAGUAAUUGAGCCGGAAUUUCGCGGCCAGGGAAUCGCAUCGGAACUUGUACGCCGGUCAAUCAAUGCGAUGAUUACCCAAGAUGAUGUCGAUGAGGUAAUGCUCGAAACCGAGGUGAUAAAUGAUGGGGCAUUGCGACUAUACGAGUCCAUGGGAUUCAUGAGGACAAAGAGGUUGUACCGGUACUAUUUGAACACCCACGAUGCGUUCCGGUUGGUAUUACCUUUGCAUGAAAAAUCCGGUACUCGUAUCGCAUUUCUUCCCCCACUUUAA